UGUGGGCACUGCUCAGCAAACCACGAAUAUAAAUGAACCCAGUGGUCUCUCUGGCUCUGUAUUUUUGGGGUCUGUGAUGCCAGCUGGAAAAAAUACCUCCUUGUUAGGGAAGACUCUGCCUCAAGUUGCUGAAGAGACAAAAGUUUCCCCCCCUGUGCUGAGUUCAUUUCAAAGCACCCACGGCACAAAGAGGACCAGCUGCUCUCCAGCAACAAAUGUCCGCCCUGUGGAAUACAUCCGAUCGGCACAGUCCCUGGAUGACCUGGCAAGGGUCCAGCCUCAGGCCCGAUAUAGGAUCAGUCACGUGGGAUCAUACAAAGAUGGGGCAACAGCUGGCUUCUUGGGUCACCCACAUGCCCUCACCAAGAGUCAUUCAGAAAACCUAUAUGAAUCGAUCAAGGACACAGAAAGACAGAAGAAAAAAGGGCCACGGCCGGAGGCUCGCCAGCCAGCCCAGGUCCGUAAGGAGGAGAAAGAGAAGAUCUCUGCCCCAGUGUAUGUGAAUAUACAGGAACUCCAGCAGGAAGUAGAAGCAGCUGCUGCCUCCACUCCACCUAAGCAGCACUUGAGCAGCAGCCUUGCAGACUGGGAAACCCACACAGACACAGACAGUGGACAGUUAUUCUAUUACAACCCAGUGACUGGCGAGACCACGUGGGACUCCCCAUUUGAGAACCUAGAAGAUGGAGUGAGUCCUGCUACCUCUCCCUCGCCCUCUCUCACCUACAGCCCUAUGCUGGCUGAAUGGUGCCAGCACAUGGAUGAAGCCAGCGGACAGGUUUUUUUCUAUAAUUCAGUAACAGGUGAAACAUCGUGGGAACGCCCCCAAGCUGGAGACGAACCCAGCUCCCAAGAGAUGUAUCCUGCAAUUGCACAGUACACACCCACAGACCAGCGGCCGCCAACUCCAGAAACAGACUAUCCAGAUCUGUCUCCUGAUGAGACAGAGGGGUAUCCUGAGGAGGACUACUCCCCGGUGGGGUCUUAUGAGCAUGGUGCCUGCCAUUACUUUCCAAUGCCGAGGCACUCUGAGGACCUGAGCUCGCCUCCAGGUUGGCAUGGCCAGAACAAUCCCGAGGGACAGUCAUUCUAUCCAGGCACUUAUGCCUUGGACACGGUCUCUGUCCCAGGCCAUCAAUGGACAGCAAGCAGUGGAUCCAAUCAAGACAUCCCUUUUGCUGGCUACUACAAUGUCAUGCCAGCACUACUUGUACAGAAAGAGGAGAAGUUCAAGAGCCUCGACAAAGCUGGAGUUCUUAACCGGACAAAAAUAGUUGAUAAAGGGAAACGAUUACGGAAGAACUGGAGCUCAUCCUGGACUGUCUUGGAAGGGGGCAUCUUGACCUUCUUUAAGGAUUCUAAGCAUUCGUCCUCCAGUGGUUUGAAACACCCUGCCAUGCUGACCACACCUGAGCAUACUGUGGGUCUGCUGGGGGCCACUAUUUCAUGGGCCACCAAAGAGAAAUCAAGCAAGAAGCAUGUUUUAGAGCUGAAGACACGAGACGGCUCAGAGUUCUUGAUCCAGCAUGAUUCUGAGGCCAUCAUUGCCCCGUGGCAGAAGGCAAUCUCUGAGACCAUCAGCCAGCUGUCCACAGACUUUUCUCUGGAGGAUGCUGAUGAAAUUGCAGCAGACUAUGCAGCCAAAGAAAGAUUAGGAAGUAAUGAAGAGAAGAGGACUCCAGGCUCUGGGCUGUCAGCUGCCACCACGAGCUCUGAGAGUGACUCCAACAAGGUUCGGAACAAGCUGCUCAAGUUCCUUCAGCGACGGCCAACCCUGCAGUCCCUGCGGGAGCGAGGAUACAUCAAAGAUCAGGUGUUUGGCUGCUCUCUGCAAGUGCUGUGUGAGCGAGAACGGAGCAUGGUGCCAAAAUUCGUGCACCAAUGCAUCCAGACGGUGGAAAACAGAGGCUUGGACAUUGAUGGGCUGUAUCGAGUAAGUGGAAAUCUGGCAACAAUACAAAAACUGCGCUACAAAGUGGAUCAUGAUGAGCAUCUGGACCUAGAUGAUGGCCGGUGGGAGGACGUGCAUGUCAUCACAGGAGCCUUGAAGCUUUUCUUCCGCGAGCUGCCAGAGCCCCUCUUUCCUUUCAGCCACUUUGAUAAAUUCAUCACUGCCAUAAAAAUGUAUGACCCGACAAAGCGCAUCAAGUGUGUCCGUGACCUGGUGUAUUCCCUUCCGCCCCCGAACCAUGACACCAUGAAGGCUCUCUUCCGGCAUCUCAGCAGAGUGAUUGAUCACAAGGAGGAGAAUCGGAUGUCUGUGCAAGGCAUUGCUAUUGUCUUUGGGCCCACGCUUCUGAGACCAGAGAAUGAGGAGGGAAACAUGGCAAUGCACAUGGUCUUUCAGAACCAGAUUGUGGAGUACAUCUUAAAUCAGUACAGCUGCAUCUUUCCUGACAGCUAAGCCUGGCAGCCAGCUGGAGCCAGCAGUGACACAAAGGAGCAGAGCCUCAGGGCAGACCAGAGGAGACCCAUUAAUGUAACAUUAGUCUUGGGACAAGUCGGAGACAGUGGUGGCAACUGUUGAUUAUCCUAAUAAAUGGGCAGUGCUGGAUUACAAAUGCCUGGGUGACCUGCCUGAGUCAUAUGUCCCCAUGGGCCAAAGGAGCAGACAAAACUGGAACUGGAUCAGCUUCCUGCACAGGUGCUUGUUCUCCAAAUGCUUCCCCUGGUGCCAGUUCCUGGCUGAGUGAUGAGCUGUCAGUGAAGAAUCCAGAGGGAGCAAAUGCCGCUAUCCUCAGACCAAUCCCAUUCUGGGAAGGGCAGGGAGAGGGGAGAUUCCUCCAGGGUGCUGAGACAGUUUGGGCCACUCCCAGGUGCAAACACCAUGCAGCAGGUACCAGAGAACUAGUGAAGUGGGCAAAGCCCUUCCCCAACCUUAGCAGGUAACAGGAAUGUUAUACACAUUGCACUGCAGCAGUAGGAGCAUGGCUGGAUGUCUGACAGCCCUGGACAGGACUAUUGAGUUAUCCAGACAGUCAUACCUCAUGGUACCCAAGCCCUUCUCAGCCAUCCAUAAAGAGAUCCUCAUGAUUCUGCCUAAGGCAGGGAGAUAUCAGCAACUCAUGGACUUAAGGCACAGAUUUUUCCAAAGAGCUCACCUAGCAGCUCCAGGUGAGAACAAGAGAAAACCCUCAGCUUGUGAAAGCUGCUGAGCAGCUUGAAACCAGCCAGGAGUGUCUUGUUCAAAGCCACAUAGUGAGUGAGCUUCAUAGCUGGGGACUCAACCUAGGAUUCAGUGCCACUUCCAGCCCUCCUAUGGGCUGCGUCAGGUGGGCAAGAAUGGCUCUUGUUCCCCCAGGGAGCUCUGAGCCACCAUAUCCAGGUUCCUAUCCAUGCUGUUGAGUCAAAGGGAGUGCUUGGUUCAAGGCCCAGCUAGUGUCUCAAGGCCUUGUGCUCAUCUGGAGCAUUUGGAUGGCUUCUGCAAGAUUUUAAAUGGCCCAUGCUCACAGGAAGGCCUUGGGACAUGUGGUUUUCAUACUCCUAGUCUCUCCUCGGCAGGAGUGCCCCUGGGAUUGGCAGAAAAGUA